AUCAAGAUCAACAUGCUGAGUCGAUCUGAUGCUUGAUGCCGCAGUACAGCUAGUUUUUUCUAGACAACAACUGGGUCUAGGGGUAAACUACACUUGAAUAUGCAAAUAAAGUGACAGUGGUCGUGGUGUAUAGUCCUUGUCCUGGUAGCUAAGAGUUGUAAGAGGAAGAUGUACUAGAUGUACAACUGUCCUUUGAUUGUGUAUCAUAAUCUAUUUUCCUACUUCUAGAAGUUCUUACUUGUUUAAUAGAAGUGGUCUUGACGUUCGUACGAAAAUGAUGUUCCCAUCGCCUGCUGCCCUGGAGGCUUCUCGAGAGAAGGCGGUCCUCGGAGGCGAAGAUGAACAGCUCCACCGUUAUCAAGAAGAUUCAGGGCGACCUUCGCGACUGUCAGUCGCUGAGGAGACGGUGGUUACGGAUCAUCAAGCGCGACAGCUGUACCAUAUGGUGCAGAAGGCGGAGGGAGUGAUUGCUCCUGGUGCAUGGUAUACCUCCGUACUUUUUUUCCGGGCCUUCUAUGCGCGAAGGUCAAUUCUGGAGCACAAUCCAGAGACGAGCCUGUUUUGCGCUUUGUUGCUAGCGUUGAAAGCUGAGGAGCAGGCACUUGACGUCAGCUUUUUCGCAAAUCUACUUGGGAAAAUACUGGGCGCACCAACACCAGCAUCUUCAAGUUCGGCUUCAGAUGCUUCAGUUACAGUUCCCCACCCAGGACCAGAAGAUAGAGCCGCGACAAAACGGAAAAUCGAGAAAAGGUGGGCCGAUGUCUUGCGCAGUGAACUCGAUUUCAUCGAAGGCAUAGAUUUCCAAUUGGUGGUGGAAAAACCCUUUGCGAUACUAGAGCUUUUAGCCGAAACCUUAGUAGCAGAACAAGGCCCCCCGUCGUCCGAAGCUUUUGGUGAGGAGAAGAACCAUUAUAUUCAUCAAGAAGUGGACGCAGUAUCAUUGGUAAAGCCUUGGACAAGUGAGCAAGUGAGGGCUGCUGCAAUGAGUGAUGAGGCCCUGUGUUUGCCAGUCCGGCUUAUUGCUAUCGCUAUAUUCGUCGCAGCAGGAAAUCGGGUGCCAGCAAGCGUGAAACGCUUUAAGAGAUUGGAUUUGUAUCACUUUACUUUUGGAUUUGAGUCACUUCGUUUUCGAGAGAUUAUUUUUGAUCUUCUAUCUAGAAUGAGAUGAUCUACACGCUCUACGACACUUUUUCAUCUAGUACAUAGUAAAACACCUUGGAGACCUCUAGAUUAUUAGUUGACGUCCUAAGACUAACUACUAGUUGUAGUUUGUUGUGAAUGAGAACAAUGUAACUACAACUGUUCCAAACUUCAUCUACUUUCAUAAUUCCCCUGAGCGCGGAAGAAGUGCAGCUGAUGAAGCCGUUGAUUCUCAAGGUUCGUGCGGCUGAAGGCGCGACGACCUCAGCUGAGCAGGCUGCCCAGUUAGGGACAAUCCUGAACAAGCGGAAACAGUGUCUCAAACAACGGAAAGCCAAAUAGCAAAUGAUUUAAAGCUCAACAGAUGACAUGGUGGAAGAGACGACACGCGACGCAGAACAAUGAAAAUCUUCUUGGCAUUUUUCGAAGAACGCCCCUAUUCCUGAAAAUGAAUUAUCCGGCUACUAUCGACCACGACGCCGACGAAAGUUGAAAUGAUAAACGUGAGAAAAUACAA